UACUCCGUAGUAACAACAUGAAGUUCCUGGUUCUCGUGCUGCUGGCGACGGCGGCCACCGGCCUCCCCCUGAAGUCGCUGAAGUCCUUCCCGAAGAAGUACGACAGCGAGAUCGACGGCCCGAAGUCCACCUACACUGUGUACAACGCCGCCCCGGCCGAGCAGCUGACUGUCCCCGCCGAGCACGCCUUCCUGGAUGUCCUUCAGGCGCCUUCCUCCUACGACGCCUACUUCGAGCAGGAGGCACAGGACCCCCUCCUGCCCCCUGAAGGCGGCUCAACCUACGUCGGAGUGCCGGAAGCCGUGGCCGUCGACGCCCUCCUCCCCCCGGCCGUCGACACGUACUCCGACCCCGCCGGCGUCCCCCACGGCGAGCUGCUGCCUCCCCCCGUCGCCGCCGUCAUCCCCGCCGACCAGUCCUACGUGAGCUACGAGGACGUGGGCCAAGUGUCCCUCGUGCCCCCGGCGCCCUACAGCUACGCCCACCUGCCCGCCGACGCCUCCGGGGCCGACGUCCUCGCCUCCCUGGCCUCCAUGGUGCAGGUCCUGCCGUCCGACUCCUCCUACUCGUCCUAUGAGCCUGUCUCGGCAGGAGAGGACUCCCUCCUCCCCACCAGUCUGGUCCCCCCCGCCGUGGAGAGCCCCGCGGAGCCCUCCAGUAGCUCCUACUCGGAGGUGCCGGAGGCGCAGCCCGAACUCACCCAGGAGGAGAUCCGGAGAGCCGAGGAGGCGCAGGUGCCCAUGCCCUCCAGGGUCCUCCAGCCUCCCCCCAGAACCUGAAGGAGGUCGAAGUCAUCCCAAAGUCAUUCGCAAAAGCGACUACCUGCGCGCGACGUGAAAGAGUGAAACGCAAGACGGUGUGUGAGUGAAAAGGAGAUAAAAGGAAAUUAGUCAAUUAAUGAAUGAAUACAAGACAUAUGUAUAGCUGUGAUGCCAAAUUUAGUGUUGCAAAAAAGGACAGACUACUGACGACUUUGUUAAACACGGGACAAUGCAAGAAUGGUUUUAGCUUUAGGGAACGACUUCUAGGUUAAGAGUCUAGUCUUUAAGGUCUUGUGACAUCUAAUAUGUCGAAAAUAUUAAACCAAUUCCACUUUUU